AUGCAACAAAACAUCGGAUUUUCAUGGGGUUUCCAACCACAAAUUUCUACAACAAGAAGAACAUCUACCUUCAAAAACGUUUCAUCUAAUAGUAGCGGUAAUACAGGUCAUAAUCUUCAUAGUAAUCAUGAUAACAACGCUAUCUCUUCAAAUAACAACUCAAUAGCAUCAAAUUCAUUAAUGAUGAUUGACUCAAGUACACAAGUGAGCAAGAAAAGAAAACUAAUAUAUGAAACUAAUACACCCGAACUGAAUAACAUUUCAAAUAAUAGUCAUCCUAAUAAUAAUAAUUUAUUCUUAAGAAUGCAACAGCAACAGCAACAGCAACAGCAACAGCAACAGCAACACAAUCAAAACUUAAGCCAAAACCAUCGUAAAAUUACAGUUAUCAAGAGGAAACAUUAUAUAGCUUCGAAUAUUGAAGGUCAAUCAUUACCGAUUCAAAGAGGAAUGGAAUUAAUGAACAAGCAGCAAAUAAGUGACCUUUUAUUAUCCUUAGCUGUCAAGUAUCCACAUUUAAAUAAUGACAUUAUUAAUCAUGUUUCAACGAUUAACUUUAGUGUUGAAAACUAUAAAAGAUUACUAGACGAAAAACUACAAUUAAUUAAGAAUAAUAUUCCAUAUGAUAAGUAUAAUAAUCAAAUCUCCAUAAGCUCGGACUCUAAUUAUAUCAUUAAUAAUUUAAAUGCUUAUUCAUUCAAUAGACUAAAACCGUACAUCCUAGAUUUUUUGAACUGUUUAAUUGAUUGUAUUUUAAAUAAUUUGCCACCUAUUCAAGAAAAUAUUAUAACAUCUAUUAAGUUUUUAAUUUAUUGUAACGAAUUACUGAUAAGUUUACCAAGAUUUUCAGAUUCUUCAAAUAAUUACUAUUAUGAUAAAUGCUUAGAACAAUUAACUCAUAUCUGGUUAUCAAUAAUCAAUAGAUUGAACGGUGAAAUCCAAUUUCUAAUUAAUUCUAAAGAUUUUCUAUUUGAAAUUGAGAAAAAACUGAACCUUUUCAAUAAAAUUACUGGAAUGUAUAACAAGGUCAUUCAAGAACUAGGGAAUCUUGUUGAAAGCAUCAAUUAUGAAUUCAACGAUAAAAAUACUAACACAAGUCCCAAUGCUACAGCAACUACUUCAACUAAUCCAACCAACCCAACCAUCUAA